AUGCAAUUACUCCAAACACCAGACAAAGAUCAAGAAACAGCGAUUGAUGCUGCUAUUCUACUCAAGAGUAGCCGUAGUCUAUGUGGAAUUUGUAUGGUGCAAGGAUCAUCCUAUACCUGUCCUCGAUGCAACUUGCCAUACUGUUCACUAAGUUGCUACAAGUCUGACAUGCAUGCAGAUUGCACAGAAGCAUUUUACAAAUCAAACUUUGUAAAUGAACUCCAUUCAAACAGAGUAUCGGAUGCGGAUCGACUCCAUAUGCUUCGAAUACUAGAUGAACAUGAAAAGGCUGCAUUGAAUGAGGAGCAGCAAACCUUUGAAAAUGUUCCUUCUACUAGUACUAUAAAUAAGAUGACCGACUGUUUAAGCGAUAUUGAUUUGGAUACCGCCUCGGUCAAGGACAUACUUUCCAGAUUGCCACCACAAGAAGUUGAACGAUUCAACUUGAUCAUUAAAAACAAAGAUGCAGCAAUGCUGUUGCUUCCCGAUUGGAAACCAUGGUGGAAUGCAAAAGUACAUGGUAAUUCCAUUAUAGAUAUUGAAGGAACUUAUGAUGACGGCAUACCUCUACUUUUAGAAACAAAGCAAAUAUCUACCAUAACAAAAGUCAAGCCUAAUGCAAGACUUGUAUUCUCCAUAUUAGAUAUAAUGUAUGACAUGUAUGCUUUUGCUGGAAAAACAUGUAGCACGUCUAAACGUGCUUUAUAUUGUAGCAUCGCAUAUGUCUAUGUGUGUCGCACAUUAAAUGGAGAUGUUUUUGAAUCCUGCUCAGAGUCGUUUUUUCUCGUUACACAAGCCUCUUAUAUCUUUGACGCAUCAUGUUCAUGCAAGUUUGUGUUCGAGUCCCCAAAAGAAGUCGUUUCUACUCUUUCUAGCAGGCUUCUUGCUCAUUGUGAUCUUUCACCAAAGGGGGUAAUGGCCAUACUAUCUGAUGCAUGCAAGAUUAUCCAAUCGCGUUUGUUUAUUGUAGCAGCACUGUCGGACCUACAUAGAAUGGUGUCCAAUGUGCCAAAAAACAGCAGAGCCAACAGUAUAUCUCAAAAGAUCUAUUUUUUUGCAUGUCUAGCAAACGAUGCGGCUUUACAAAAGGAGUUUCAGUUGGAUGCACUGUUUAAGGAGUGUCGAGUAUGCUUAGAAACCGAAAUAGAUCGAUUGUAUGCUUUUGAAAAAACCGCUUCAGACCUACAAAAAGCUAUCAAAGAUGCUGAUAUACAACAGAAUAGACGGCUCAUUCAAGAGGUAUCAAGUGUUUCCACCCAUUUGGUUAAAUUUUGA